UGUCUAGGUGUAUCUAAUUUGAAAUCAUGUAUAAUAAAAAAGGUCCAAAAGAAAAAAUGAAAUUGGGCCAUUUAAAUGGAACUUGGAUCUAGCCCAAAUUCAUUCUAAUGGUUCCCAAAUUCGACCCGGUUUCUCCUGAUUUCUACACUGAACCCUUCAGUGUUCUCUCUCGCGGUCUCUCCCUUUCCCCCUCUUAAGUUCAGCUGAUAAUUGAAGGAUCUCGUGGAAAUGGCAACGUAUUUGUGGAGGAAAUAUGCAGAUUAUGUAUACACAAAAUGGGAAAAGACGCUCCUCUGGGAUAUGGUAGAACCAUUUAGGAGACCAAAAUCAUUUACUCCUCUUGUUACAAUCUACGUAAGUGCAUUUUAUACAGGGGUUAUUGGAGCAGCCAUCACUGAGCAACUCUACAAGGAAAAAUACUGGGAAGAACAUCCUGGGCAAGAAGUGCCUCUAAUGAAACCAAUGUUUUAUGGUGGCCCUUGGAGAGUAAUGAGAGGCGACGUUCCUCCUAUGGGGAAGUUCGAUUUCUAAUCUGCAUUCAGUUGGAUAGUUAUUCGGUAGCCAACAUAAGCUCUAUGAGAAGGAAAGGUACCACCCUAGGCUUUUGUUCAACGGCAAAGGUGGUACAACAGCACGCGAUUGUGUGAUAGGUGCACACGACUUCAACUCAGGCCGGUUAUCCACCAAUUCUGGAACUGGUACGUAAUAAAAGAGAGGUACCAUUUUUCUGUAAUUGUUGUGCAUUUAUAUUUGAACUAUCCUCUCUUGUGAAGAUUAUAAUAUAGGUUUCCAAUUUUCUCUA